GCUAUUAUGUGUCUAUAAAAGGAAAUCAGCAGGGUGAUACACACCAACAGUUAUACACUUUGAACUCAGGAGAUAGGCCGGGAAGUGAGCAUCUUGUUUUCAGGGCUGCUUUCAUCAACAAUUGACAUCUUGAGUGAAGUUCAGUGGGAGUCUGCACUCAUCAAUGCCUCCGGAUGGAGAGUCAUUUGAAGCAGAGAUGGAUGAACUGAAUACGAGUCUGGGGAAGGUUUUAAAAGAAGAACAACAUAAAGCUUCGGUUUUCACAUUUGUGCCUGUGGUGUGGAAAUUACCAGUCACUGGAGAGAAAGGGAAACCUGGAACUCUGAAAGAAAAUCCUAACAAGAACUUUGCUGCGUCCCAUGAGGAGAUAACUGGGAAGACCAUGUCGGACCAGGACGUUUUCAAAGCAGAGAGAGUCUUUAUCAGAGACUGCGAGGAGGGAGGAGCAGGAAACAAAAUCCCACAGGGGACAAAACCUCAAUUCAAUCUGUCACUGGAUCACAUGAGCCUUCAGUCUCCUUCAGCCACAGCUCGGUCUGAAAAUACGACCAGCCACGAAGCCUCCGGGACAGCCUCUAUGGAAACAGCUGUUUAUAAACACGGGGGCGUUUCCCAGCCCAAGUGUCACGAUACCUCUGGACUUUCUGAGGUUAGCUCAGGUUGCUUUGUAAAUAGAGUUUCAGAGGACAGAGUGAGCCCCACAAACUCUGCAGACCUGUUCCCCACACCAGCCUCCUCCAGAGAGUCCAUCCUCUCUGAGGGUUCAGACAGAGACAAGAGCUGGUCUGGUGUGCGGCUCUCCUCUGUGACGUCUCCCACCUCCUUAAGCCGCACCGUCUCUCCCUGCUCCUCUGUCCUCUCCGGCAUUUUCUCCCCCGCUGUCGUCCAGAUAAAGAAGCACUUUCUGGCCCCUGGGUCUAGUCUGCUUCAGACCCCUUUCUCUUCCUGCGAGAGCCUUUCCUCCUCCGUCUGUCCUCAGUCUCCUCCUCCUGCUGCUCCCCGGCACCGACCUCCUCUCACCCGACUCUCCCUCCUCACUGCCAUCCUGAGAAAAGGCAGACUUCCUGUCCUGUCCUCGGCUCUGCAGAGGCCGUACACCCCCUGCUGGCCUGUAAACCCUGUGACCCUCUCCUUCUGUAAUGCCUGCUCUGCAGCCUCCAGCGUGGCCUCCAUUCCCUUGGAGUUCUCCUCUCGUUUCUCCUCGUCUGCGUCUAUAGAUAGUCAGAGCCACGUUCAUAGAGGGCCUAACAGAUGCAUCACUUCACCUCCACCUGAGAUCAGCAGAAUAUCAAACUCUCAGACUCAAACAAAGUCAUGCCCAGAGAAAGUUAAUUUCAAAAGCAACUCUACACGGGGGCAAGUUAUUUCACCCUCUGUAGAGAAGGGCAGCACACUACCACGAGCUCCUGCUUUUUGCUCAGACUUUAAAUCUGUUUCUCCACUAAAGCGUGAAGAGUCAGACUCUGCAGCUACUAAAAAACUGCAACACUCACACAUCACUAUUUCCCCUGAGCCGAAGCUGAGUAACAACCACAUGUACCAGAAUAAUAACCUUAGAAAACUCAUCUCUCCAUCCCCUAAACAAAUUAACAACCAAGAUACCAUAGCGCCCCAGAAAUGGAGUCCCCCAAGAAAUUCAUCCCUCUCAAGGCUUCACUCUCUCUCUCAGCAGCUGAGGUCUACACCUGUCUGUCCCUCUCCACCUCCGCUUCAGCCAUCUCACUCUCUCUCAACAAGUGUCACCUGCAGCGGCAUGGCAUCUCCUCUAAAUGUGUCACAAAACACAGCAGGAAGGUGCGAGCUGAGAGGGAGCUGCCCUGAUUCUAAACGCACCAAAAACACAUCUCACUGCCUUCUGUCACCUUCACGCUACACACCUAUCAUUUUCUCCGGAUGGCCGUCACCCGCCGACUCCCCCACACCAACUCCCUCUCCUGCUCCACCUGUCAAAAGCCUCACCCCGUCCCCGUCUCUCUCCCUGCGCUCCACACCCUCCCCGAGGCCGGGGAGUGGAAUAUCAGACUGCAGUGACAGGGAGGGUAAAAAAAGAAAGACGCACAAAAUUAAACUGAGUUACAAAUCGCUCGCUGCAAUUCCCACCAACACCCUCCUUCUGGAUCAGCAGGCAAUAGAUGAGCAGGUAGAGCGAGGAGAGAGUCCGUAUGAUACGCUGGAUGGAGGUGUAUCAGACACGCACGCUGAGAUGCGUUCGCCCUCUCAGCUCCGGCAGCAGUCAGAGGAACUUUACGCAGUUAUUGAUGAGAUAUUGGCCAAUUCCCUUCCACCAUCACCACAGCCCCCCAGGCCAACGAGCAGCAAUGCUGGACUGCAGCAGAAUAAUUCAUCAGUUCUAAAGUCCCUGGGCCGUGAAACCAAAUAUGCUUCUCUAUCCAGCCUGCAGCCAACCACAAGCAUGGAAAGGAAGUCUAUGGAUAAUAAAAAGACGAAGCCCGGGGUUAUUCGCCCGAUGACGGCCAUUCCAAGACUGACGGUGGAGGACGAGGAAGAAUUUUGUCCCAAUCCCUUCAGGCAAUUUCACAUCAAGCAGACCUCAUCUGACAACAGAAAGGAGGAGAAUAAAAGCCUUUCAAAGGUGGGAAAAGAUCUGUACACACGAGAGACAGCUCCUGAGAGAAGAAGUCCAUCCUCUAUGUGUGACCUGAAGAUUACAGAGCCUGAAGACCAGAUCAGUCACCAGCUGAAAGAUUCUUCACCUUUCAGCGCUACUGGAAAGAGGAUGAAUGCUUUUGAGACUCAUAUUUAGACAUUCAGAAGAAAACAUCACCUUUAAACCUUUUCUAUUAAUAGAGUUGAAUGCACAGAUAAUCACUAUUAAAAACCACUAGGAGACAUGGCACAGCUGAGGGGAAGAAAUAAGUAUGUUACACUUCAGAUAAAUAUGUGAAUGAAGUUGACAACAGAUGUUUGAAACACCUCAAAGCGAUUAUUAAUAUGCAUAUCUUUACUAAAUGUUCACCAAGCUUUCUGAGUUGCAUGUCAAGCUUCCCAUUCACACAUUAACAAAUGGCUCAUACAGGACAUUAAGCUUUUAAAUAAUGGAAGGGUUCUUUUUUUAAUGUUUAUAAGAACAUUUGGUGACUGUGGCACUAGCAGUGUGGGAAAUCUGUAAUGGUGUGUGCUAAUUGCACGCACCACAAGUGAGCAUCAGCAACAUAACAAGUUUGAAUAUACUCUAUUCCCAGUCAUGUCCUAAUAUCCUAGCAAUGCAGCAUGAAGCAGUUAUACACGAUGCAACAUGUGGGAUGCCCUGCCACUAUGUUCCUAUUUCUUUUUCUGUCCUUCACGUUGAGAUGGGAGAGGAACAUGGAAAGAUGAAGAUGGAGAGAAGUCAGGAGUGUUAGACAGGAAAUUUUUCUUGAUUGUCUUUGACUUUUCUCACUCAACAGAUCUUGUUUGCUUUCAUAUAAAGUGCAGACAGUUGUGCAUUAAUCAUAACCAUGUUUGAAAUGUAGUGCUCUGACCUACACUAUAUCAACAUAGAGACAAAACUAUUCAGUUCACAGCAAUCAAACACUUACCUUUCAAGUUCCAUUAUCAUGGAACCAGUGACAACUAACCACAACACAAAAGCUCUGAGUACUGCAUCCUCAGUCUUUUCAUAAAUGUCAUUGCAAUACAAAAAGUCAACUGGCUAAGAGCAUUUGUGUGGGCUAUCUUUUCUCAGACAAAGAAGUCGUCAUUAAAGGUACAACAUGA